AUGGCGAGCUUCAUUCCCUCCUGGUCAUUCCUCGUUCUACUCCUGGCUUUCAUCUCACUCUUCUCCAGAAUCUCGAUUUCCGAAGCUAAAUCAUCCUUCUCGUUCACGGGUUUGGAUAAAAACGCGAGCUUUGCGUCCGACGACAUUGCCCUGUACGGCGAAGCAAAGCUCGUCGACGGCGGAUCUUCGAUUCAGCUGACUGACUCAAUGAGUCACGGUGGUGGGCGAAUCGUCUACAAGAAACCCAUCGAGUCCGUCAACACUGAAUCCGAGUAUUUCACGGGAUUCUCUACUGUUUUCUCUUUCUCGAUGUCUCCUGGUCGUGGUGGGAGAUUCGGGUUUGUCAUGUUUCCUGCUAACGGAACAUUUGAUCACUCUUUCUUCCAAGUUAACUUCGACAUUUCUGAAAAUUUCACCAAGUUUGGAGUUUCGAAUGUCACGGUGAUUUUCGAUGGUACUACGGUUUCUGAGAAGAUGAGCAAUCUCACGGUUGCAGACUCGGGGAAGGAGAGUUUGUUGGUGUACGCUUGGAUUAAUUACCAAGUGAGUGGCAAGUUUCUAGAAGUUCGGCUAAGCAAAACAGAACCCUACAAAUCUGCUGAUUCUCUGUUCAUUUCUCGGAUUGAUUUGCUGAAGGACGAGGAUGAGUUCAUGGUGGGUAUCAAGUCGUAUAGCGGGAACUUUAAUCUCCAUUCUUGGAGAUUAGGAGCGAGAUUCUUGCAUAGGUAUAUGCACUCUUAUGCGGCGCUUCUUGAGUCAAAGCGUAGAGGGGAGGAGGAGGCAGAGAGGAGGAGAAGAGAGAGGAUGUGGGGAACUGUGACUUGCUUCGUCAUGACCUUUGGAUCUACAGGGCUUGUAUUCUUUGCCGUGAUGCAUAUAUGGGCAGCUUUCAAAAGAAACAAUCUCGUGAUGGUGACGCCGGAGGAAUGUGGGCUCAAGACAAAGGAGUUUGAGUACGAGAAGAUGGAUAAAAUGGAAGUUGUGAUCAGUAAAGCUGAGGCGCAACAAGAAAAGAAGUGA